AUGCUUCAGUGUGUGAUAGUGCCAGCUAUGAGUUCAUUCAGUUUGUCGAUUGUCUUCGCAUUUGCGAUAUUAGCAGGUGUAACUGCUCGUGUUCCCCAGAGAAUAGUCCACGGGGAGGAUGCCAGUAUCAUUGAAUUUCCCUCAACCGUGGUUCUUCAACGGCUAUCAGGCCGUCACCUCUGCGGCGGCACCCUGAUCAGCAAGAAGCAUGUGCUGACAGCUGCCCACUGCUUCACUGAAGGCUCCAAACCCAACGGUAAUCUCGUCAUCGCUCCUGCAUCGGGGGUAAGAAUAAUCCCAGGUCACGACCAUUUAACGGACAGUAAUAAGUUGCAGCAUUAUCUCGCCGAUCGCAUUGAUGUACAUCCGGAAUGGCCAGGGGAGGACGUCGAAGAUGCGGGGGGAGAUCUCGCCAUUGUAACUCUCAAAACAGAAAUUCCGGAAAAUAAAUUUCAAAAAAUUGCUGCACUGCCAAGUGCCAGGGUCAAACCUGGCUCUGUUGCCACAGCAGUCGGCUGGGGGUUGACUCAAGAGGACGAAAGUGGUUCACCAACUGACCAUCUACAGAGAGUCACCUUCAAAGUACUUGACUACAACUUCUGCAAAGCUCAUCGCGAUCCGUUGGCUCCGAAAAAUGGUGACAGUGGUGGUCCACUUUACAGUGUGAACAAAGAAGUUAUCGGAGUGGUUUCCUACAGCUACAGCUGCACAGGUGCCCACCCAAGUAUAUUCACCGAUGUUUUUCCAUACAAAUCAUGGAUUGAGGCUGUUAAACAACAUUAG